AUGACGUCGAAGAUAAUGACGACGACCGAGAUGAAGAUGACAACGAUAACGAUGAAAAUGAUGAAGAUGAUGAAGAGGAAGACGAUGAAGAAGAUGAAGAGGAUGAUGAAGAAUAUGAAGAUGACAACGAUAAAAAUGAAAAUGAUGAAGAAGAAGAUGAUGAAGAAGAUGAAGAGGAUGAUGAAGAAUAUUAAGAUGAAGAUGAAAACGAUAAAAAUGAAGAUGAUGAAAAAGAAGAGGAAGACGAUGAAGAUGAUAAUGAAAAAGAUGAAGAUGAAGACGAUGAAAAAGAUGAAGAGGAUAAUGAAGAUGAAGAUGAAAACGAUAGCGAUGAAGAUGAUGAAAAUGAGGAAGAUAGGAUGA